AUGGAGCUCUGGCUGAACCAGGAUAACCUGGAGAACUCCCUGGGGACUAGCUGUGGGUGGCUUAUACUGGCCAUCGUACUCCUCUUCACGGGGAUUGCUCGCCUGUCUGGAAUUUUCUGGGGCCGCCUCACGGACAUCCGCCUGGGUCUGUCCGAGUUGACCGAUACUUGUGCUUUAUUGGGGUCACAGCUGGAAGCCUGGAAUGCAACUCAUGCGGAGACCUUCAAGAGUCUCGAGACGAGCAUCCUGGCUCUGCUUCAAGACCACCGCAGGGCGGUGGUGUGUGAGCCUCAAGGUUUCUUGCAGCCACUACUCCUGGAGAACUGGAACCGCACUCGCCUGGACAUCCUCCAACAAAUCCGACUGUUGGGAUUAGAGCUCCAGGAUAUGAGAGAAACGAUGGGCAACCUCAUCAAAGUUCAAGCUCUGAUACGAAAGUCGCUCAUCCCCGUCACCACGGAUACUCCUGGUGAUAUUCGUGAGAUCAACGGGCACCUGACCAUGAUCAGAGAAGGUAUCGAAAUGGAUACUCAAGGCUUACUCGGAGCAGUUCAGGGUAUGGAGGAACGACUGCAACGUGUUCGUCAAGAACUACGGAACCAACCCACCUUGCAUCCGCAGUUUCAGUCCGAGGUCCUAAUGCAGCUGUCUGUCAUCCGUGCACAGCUUAACAUGGGCACACGAGCCGAUGACUCGGUGCUGCCAGGAUCGCCUCCGCCAUGGGCUUGA